CGUGCGGCAGAAAAGCUUGAAGCCCCUUGAAUGAGCAAAUCGGGGGAUAUUACUGGAUGUGAUUAAAAACCGAGGAUAUCCGAAGGUUCAGAAAGUGAAAGUAGAAUGGACGCCUCUGCAGAAAUAGAACAGUUUUUUGGAGUGUAUUUGUUGUAUAACGUAAAUCCACAGUUUAAGGGCAGGACUUAUAUAGGAUUCACAGUAAACCCUAACAGAAGAAUCCAACAACAUAAUAAAGGGAAACACGCUGGCGGGGCGUGGCGAACCCACGGACGCGGGCCUUGGGAAAUGGUACUUAUUAUCCACGGCUUUCCUAAUGAAAUAUCGGCUUUGCGGUUCGAGUGGGCGUGGCAAAAUCCAAAGAAAUCCCGAAGAUUGAAACAUUUACCGGCCAAAACAAAGAAAGAGAACCAGUUUCAGUACAGAUUCCGAAUUGUUUCUGCCAUGUUGAACACCUGUCCUUGGUGCAGAUUUGCUUUGACAAUUAGGUGGCUUAAACAGCAGUAUGUACUCGACUUCCCUCUGGAAUAUAGCCCACCAGCACACAUGCCCAUAGCAUAUGGUCCUGUCCGGAUAAAAAAGAGUGGUACAAACAGUAAACGGGGUAAAACAGAACCACCGAAUGAACAGGGGGAUGAAGAGGAUAUAGAAUUUCUAAGUCUUCUUAGGAGGAAUGAAAAGUAUGUCCGAUGUAGUGUUUGUAGAGAAAGGACCAAGGACCAUGACACAUUAUUAAAGUGUAUUCAUCCAAAGUGCUCCAUGCUGGCUCAUAUAAUCUGUCUAUCGAAAAAGUUCCUUACUAACCAGGCAGGACAGCUCAUACCAGUGGACGGCAAGUGUCCAUCUUGUAAAGCUGUGGUUCUGUGGGGAGACCUGAUCAGGGCCAAGCAUGGCUGCUACCAGAACCUGGAGGAAUGUACGAGUGCGGAGGAGGACACAGAGGAUGCUGAUUGGACAGAUCAGUUACAAAGUCAUGUCACAUGAUCAUGAUUUGACAAGAUUUCGUGUACUUGGGAUACUGAUCAUUUUCUUAAUGUCGUAUCUACAUGAUCUAGGAUACAUUUAUUUACAUGACAUAUUAAUAGAUGUUAAAAUUUGCAUUGUACUGUGAAAUUAAAUUACAAACCAAACAGCUUGAAUUUAUUCAAUAUGUCGGUGUUCUGAUCCAUUGACCUGUACCUUUUAUACUGUCAGAGAGCAGGGAGGAGUAAAUGUUCUGCUGAGAUUCAUGCACAGCUGCUGCUCGUCAUUUGUCAAGAAAAAAUCUAAUCAAUAUUUUAGGUAAUUUUUUUGGUAAAAUAUAAUACAAUGUAUGUAUUUGUAAAAGAUGGAAUAAUUAUUAUUCUCCACCUGUAUGGGACACAAAAUAAAUGUUAUCUCUUAAUGUUCAUUUAUAUUACUGAAAAUUUACAAGAGGUUGUAAAU